GAGGGAAGAUGAUGCAGGGAGGAGAGGAGAGCGGAAAGACGCGGAGGCGUGUUCGCUGCUAGCCAAUAGGAGCGCAGAUCCCGGCGCGAGAGCGCACAUGUUUACAGCGCGCGCUCCGCCGGUAGAGGCUGCGGGCUCGGGGUAGGAAGACCGGCACGGAACGGAGUUGCACUCGAUUCAAUACGGAUUUAUUCGACAGGCAUCGAGGCUACUGCUUGGUGUGUUAGUGAAACGUUUUCAUUCGAAGGACCGCUCACGUUUUAUAUAUAAUCAGUCUCCGCUUUUGCGUUGCUGAGCCUCUGCGAGGUGUUCCGUCCGAGGCGCGCGCGCCGUGCCGUGUUUUGUGCGCGUCUCCGCGAGGAAAACAAACAGCCCGACAGAAAAAAAAAUAUCCUCGCCGGUCGGAUAACGAGAGAUCUGUGUGUGCGGCUUACACGUAGCGCGUUUAGGUUUAUCUAGACGAUCAGAUAUGCAUUUUUUUUGACAUCCUGAUUAACAGUGGAACGCGUGCGAGUCAACCUGAAAUGUCUGAAAAUGCAUCGUCGGGCUCGUUACGCAUUUGCAGAGCUCGCUCCAUUGCCGGUUUGUCAUUUUGAUUUCGACGUUUUUCGUUUGUAAAGCGCACGUUUGUUUUUUGUUGUUGUUGUUUUUCUCGUGAUCGAUCGAGUCAUGCACGCCCGGCGGUUGGUGAAGCGCUCACUGAUCGGCAGCCGCGUGUACGCGCCCGGCUCGGGAGCGGCGGCGGGGGAGGAGGGAGAGCGCGAGAACAGAGAUGCACCGGUACCGAGCGGACACACAGAGGAAGAAGCUGUCAAGGGAGCAAGGAAGCCGAUCUUGAAGAGUUUGUGUAAUGGUGGGCAGCGUGACAUGCCAGCACAGGGUCAGAACGGUGGCAUACAGAAAAGCGAAAACACAAACGGGGUGGAGGAGCCGCGGGCACCGGAGCACAGACGAGCAGGCCGGACGCUAGAAAUGGAGAAGGACAACCCGCGCUCUGUGUCGCUGCUCGAGCAGAAACGCAAGGUCGUCUCGUCCAGCAUCGACGUGCCACAUGCCAGGAAAUCAGAUGAGGAGGUAGACAUGGACAAAGUAACUGCAGCCAUGGUGCUAACUAGUCUGUCUACAAGUCCUCUAGUACGCAGUCCUCCAGUUAAAGUUAGCGACGGUCUGAAUGGAUCGUGGAAGGAUGGAGGCUUCACUCCAUCCAGUUACAGCAGCAGUGGUUUCUGGAGCUGGAGUGCUCCAAGUGACCAGUCCAACCCGUCCACUCCGUCUCCUCCGCUCUCAGCCGACAGUUUCAGACCGUUCCGUAUGUCCAGCCUCAGCGGACCGCAGGACGACACUCUGGACGAGCAGGACACUAGCAGUCUGCUGUUUGAUGAGCCCAUUCCCCGCAAACGCAAGAACUCCAUGAAGGUGAUGUUCAAGUGUCUGUGGAAGAACUGCGGCAAGGUGCUGAGUACUGCAGCGGGGAUCCAGAGACACAUCCGCACCGUACACCUCGGGCGGAACUGUGACUCGGAGUGCAGUGAUGGAGAAGAGGAUUUCUAUUACACUGAGAUUAAGCUGAAUACAGACUCGGUGGCUGACGGGCUGAGCAGUCUGUCCCCUGCGUCUCCGUCUGUUAUGUCUCCUCCACCUGCCACCGAACACAGACGAACUGAAACCUCCAGCAGCACCGGCGGAGUCAAGAGCGAGAGCAGCAGCUCCACCCCUCUCAGUCGCUCCGCCCCCAGUGCACUCUACCUGGUGCAUGCUGACCACGCCUACCAGGCCACAGCUCCAGUCUCCAUCCCAUCCACCAGCUCAGCUCGCUUCACCCCCUCCAGCAGCAGCAGCUUCAGCAUCUCCUGGCAGUCCCCACCCGUCACCUUCACUGGAGCCCCAGCCUCUCCCACUCACAGUCAGACACAGGGCUUCAGUGAGCAGCGCUCGCAGACCAUCCCAGUGCUCUCGUCUCUACCCCGAGCCUCUGGCUCCCUCAGCAGGAAGUCCCGAGGUGAGGGUAAGAAGUGCCGAAAGGUGUAUGGAAUGGAGAACCGAGACAUGUGGUGCACGGCCUGCCGCUGGAAGAAAGCCUGCCAGAGGUUUGUGGACUGAGCUGCCUAGGAAAAAGGGGCGGGGCUGCCUUUACUUGCAGCCUUCAACACCACAAUUCCCACAAUCCUCCACGUCCUGGCCUGGACCCAGGAUCUGAAACAAAACUCCUCAAACAUUCCCAGUGCACUUGCCAAAAUCUCAGAGGAAGGCGAGUAGCACUAUAUUGCAAAAAAAAAGAAAAAAAAAGCUUUUUUUGGAUACAUUUGGCAGUUUGUGUAAGUCAUGGAGGGACCAAAGAUCAUGGGUCCAAUCAUUGCCUGGGUUUUGUUAUCUAAAAAAAAACAAAAAAAAAACACUUAAGAGUGCUACAAAAUGGUGUACAGACUAAGAUCCUUGUUUUCCAUGAACACUUUUCCACUUCUGCUUUUCAGCAGGGAUAAACAUUAGCGCCAACUGCCAACCACACUUGAGACUGUCCACCCUCGCUCAGAGAGACUGCGUGGUGGUUGUGGUUGUGUGUGUUUGGGGAGGAGCGUGCCCCCUGGUGGAAAUAGAUCGAAAAAAUGAUGGAUAAGGAUAAGCCACUGCUUUUCUUCCGUAUAGUCACAAGCAAUUACACUCACUAGGGAGGGACAGGUUUUCUAUCUCUGUUUUAUAUGUGUGUCAUUUCUUUCAGGGAUGAUGCGUUCAGCGAAAGCAAAACCAGCAGCUAUGUUUAAAAGCAGCGAAGGUCUUUUUUUUCUUCGUUUUUUUUUUUUUUUUUUUUAGGAGACGUAUAUCUAUCUACCUGCAACCAAAAAAAUGGAUUCUUUGUGCCAUUUCUGUUUUUUUUUUUUUUUCUUUUUUGUACUCAGUUGUGCAUGACUGCUAUGUUAAUAAACACCCAGACAGCAGAUAACAGCCGUGUAAGCCACCGAGCCACACUCGCUCAGAUGAGCCUGCGUCCAAUGACCUCCUCCUCCCUCCUUCAUUAACGGACAGGUCAGCAGUCCCACCUGCAGAGCAACCGUCCAAACACUUAAAGAGACGCAGUUAAAAGAUUUCCCUCUGCACCCGUUUUUUCCUGACCUCACACCUUUUAAAUAGGAAGUAAUAAAAAGAAAGAGCACUUACUUUUCCAGUCGGCCCCCGGGAGCUCGCACAGUGGGUACGAGCUGGAAGCACUCGAGUGUGUUUUGUUUGUCGUCUGUCCUUGAGAAGAUUGUGUAACUGUGCUGCACAGUGAUCGCAUCAGGAUGGGAUUUUUCUCUGCGCUGCUCCAGGUGAUGAAGAUCAGUUGAAACUUUUCGGUAUUCUGUGUCCUGCUGGGGUUCAUCACAGGCGUGACUCCAGCAGUGAUGGACUUUUAUGCAAGAAGAAAACGGCUGCUGUUGUAAGUUCUCUGGCGCUGGUUCUGUCCCCAGAUUUCGAUGCAGUAUUGUAGAAACAAGUACAGCUCAACACCAGCACACACACACACACACACACACACAUAUAUAUAUAUAUAUACCACAGUCUCCUUCAACAGCCCAUUAUUCUUCUACCUGCAGGAUGUUUAUGUGUGUAGUUUUAAGCUAAAUAUUAAAACACUGAGAAUUGUUAAGCGUUUCACACAAACCGAGACGCUGUUUACACCUGGUCAUUUCAUGCUUUUAUGUGUUCCAGGAUCUGAAUCAGGAUUAUUUCCGUAAGGUGUAAAUGCAUGAAUAUAAAACAGAUUUAAAUCUGAUUUCUCAGGAGGUCUUAGACAGUGCUGUUGGAACAUUCAGUAAAAAAUUCAACAGAUUCUGUGAAGGCUAAAGCAAAAUUCCAGAAGUAAACGUUCCUGCAACGUUUCUUCUGCAGCAUCCCCAAAAAUCCAAAAUGUCUGUCAGCAUGCUACAAGUAAAAAAUGUUGCUGCAAUGUUUCUAAAAUCAUUUUCUAGAAUCUUCAGAAAACGUUCUGCUAAUGUGAAGUUAGCUAGAGAGAUACAUUUAAUCCAAGUGUAAAUAAGUCCAUAUCUCCAAGCCACAACCAAACCCUGACUCAAUACACUACACCAUAACACUCUCAGACCAUCAGUGCUGAAGCUUAGGGGUGUUGAUUUCAUUCUUUAUGAAACACAUCGUAAUAGACUGUAUAUAAUAGUAAGAGUAAAAAAACAAUACAGUAACAUGUUCUAUUUGUUACUGAUCUAAUACGAUUCAGAUUAAUUUAGGUCCAAUAUCCAAUAUGAUUUAGUUCUGUUACAUUUAGCAUGUAUUAAUUGGACCUCUCUCUCUCUCUCUCUCUCUCUCUCACUCUCACUUACACUUUGUCUCUCUCACACACACACACUCUCACUUACCCUCUCUCUCUCUCUCUCUCUCUCUCUCACUCUCUCUCUCACUCUCUCUCUCUCUCUCUCUCUCUCUCUCUCUCUCUCACUUACACUUUGUCUCUCUCUCUCACACACACACACUCUCACUUACCCUCUCUCUCUCUCUCUCUCUCUCUCUCUCUCACUCUUUCUCUCACUCUCUCUCAUUUACCCUUUGUCUCUCACUCUCUCUCUCCCUCAUACACACUCUCACUUACCCUUUGUCUCACUCUCUCUCUCUCUCUCUCUCUCUCUCUCUCUCUCACACACACACUCUCACUUUCUCUUUCUCUCUCUCAUACUCUUUUCCUUUACAAUUCGAACCCUAUCUCGGCUUGUAAAUCAGCUCAGCUGUAUCAUAUUCUGUUGAGUUGAAAUUCCAAUUUAAAAGGUUUUUUUCCCCUUCACACUCUUCCUGAAGCCGCUUUAAAAGAAGUAAGAAAUGAGAAAGAGCACAGGAAGCUGUUUAAUGAGCUGAAUAUACCUAUCUCACCUAAUACAAUGAUCCGACUUCAAACCAGCGAACCUUUCCGUUCCAAAUGUAAAAGAAUGUGUUUAAAAUCUUCUCAGGCUACAAAUCCCGAUUCAAGAAGCAGGAAAUGACCGGGUGUAAACGUGAAUGAAGAUGUGAAAAGUCUAACAGAAUGUUAAACAUUUUCUUUUACCCGAAUCCUUGUGCUCCAUUUUUUUUGUGAUGUUUUGACAGAGUACACAGUACUUUAAGGUUCAAGAAACUGCCAUUAUAUGUUAUGUGAAGUUUAUAGUCUAUUAAAGAAAAUGUAGAAACUCUACAAUUUACGUUCACACUCAAUUUUUAAAUGAAUUUUUUUUCGUUCCUUUUUUUGUGUAUAUAUUUCUGAAAUAUCAGAAUACAGAAACACUGUAUCAGCAUAUCCUCUUGAGCCUUGACGUAGUGCUAUGUUGAACUCACACACACUCUCACGCCGAGCGCCAGAGUCAUUACAACUGGUUAAGACUUCUAGGUAGAGCUGGGUGGUGAUUUAUUUUUGUUUUUGUUUUUUAUAAACAUGUUUAAUUGACAUUAUUUACAAAAAUGGUAUAUUUCCAUUUCUGCAUUGCAGCAGCAUUAUGAUGUUCAGCAUGUCAUAAUUGUCUAGGUCACCCUGCAAUACUGUAGUAUAUUCUCAAUGCUACACACUAUCCUCAUAGCAGUAUGAGGAUAAAAAGGCUUUGAUUUUGGUACUUCAAGCUGAAAACAAGCUUCUAAAGCAGAAUAAAACAACUUUGGCCUUAUUUUUUAUAGCAACCGAGUGAAAAAAAAACAGUAAUGCUUGCUAGUAUAUACCAAGAGUUUUCAAACUACGAAAAAAAAAUGGAGCUGCUUGUGCAGUUUAAUUGUAUAGAGCAUACAGUAAGUGUCAUAAGUGUCAUUGUCUUAAGUCUACUUACACUGAUCAGCCAUAACAUUAUGAGCAGUGACAGGAGAAGUGAAUAACACUGAUUAUCUCCUCAUCGUGGCACCUGUUUGUGGGUGGGAUAUAUUAGGCAGCAAGUCAACAUUUUGUCCUCAAAGUUGAUGUGUUAGAAGCAGGAAAAAUGGGCAAGGGUAAGGAUUUAAGCGAGUUUGAUAAAGGGCCAAACUGUGAUGGCUAGACGAACAGUGGUGAACCGGUGACAGGGUCAUGGGCAGCCAAGGCUCAUUGAUGCAUGUGGGGAGUGAAGGCUAGCCCGUGGGAUCCAAUCCAACCGACGAGCUACUGUUGAUCAAACUGCUGAAGAACUUAAUGCUGGUUCUGAUAGAAAGGUGUCAGAACACACAGUGCAGGACAGGUCAGGGCUGUUUUGGCAGCAAAAAGGGAGACCAACAUGAUUUUAGGCAGGCGGUCAUAAUGUCAUGUCUGGUUGGUGUAUGCUUGUAAACAAGUAUUACCAAGACAGAUUUUUUUCUCACCUCGUAUUGGGUCAAGAGGUUUUAAAAUAAAAAAAGGCACUCGUUUGACAAGCUGAACUUUUUCGACUUUGUAAACGCCGUAAUGAUGGAGAAAAAAAGCAAAGCAGAUGGCAACACUCUUUAAAAGUGGCCACCGCCUUACAUCUGCUCUUUACAAGGUUUUACAUGAAGCUGCUUUAUUAUGUUUAAUUCAUCUGCAGUUUUUAAAGCUCAAUAGGUUUCAUGUAACAUGGAAAUCAACACCAGGACAAAUUUGUCUUUGAGUUGUUUUUAUUAUUAUUUUUAUUUUAAUUGCCAUAUAAGGUAAUUAGGACGUUCGUCAUGUCUCCCCAGCUUUACUUAGAAGCUUCACACGUCUGUCAUUGUAUAUAGUUACAGAAAUGUGUAUAAGAAUGUGGUAGGGUUUAAGAAGAACAGCAUACUGAUAACUUAGGUCCAAAACUAAAUCCUAGACCCUACAGCUUGUCUAAACCCUUUACUGCUUCUGUUAUCUUAUUACUAUAAGUGUUACUGUGAGGGGCAGGCUGACUCGCUCUGUUGUUUACACACAAAAAAAACCCUUCAAAAAAAAUUUUUCCAUCAUGAUUACUAUGAAGUAAUGAGGUGCUUCUUUGUCCUAUGUAUAAAGACUAAUCCCUGGACAUUACAGUGCUUAUAAGUGAUAUCCUAACAUAAAAAAAUGCAGUAUGUUGUUCGUUUCGAGUCCCACAGGCUGGAUCACACUCGGUUUCUGGGUUUGUUAGGGGUGCUUAUUUUCCUACACACAGUUCCUAUUACAUUGUAGAGCAGUCGAGUAAAAUCCCGAAGCCGCAUCACUGCUCUUAUCCUCUUUACUUCCUGUUGUUCUGUACUAUACUCCUAUUUCAUAUCCUGUAGAUACAGUAUUCAUAUAUAGCUGCACAUGCCAGACUAGCAGUCCACACACACACACACAGCUCCUGUUGUAAAGUAUAAAACCUGUAUUGUCUAAACAGCAGAUGAACUUCUUGUCACAAUCAUCAUGCUUUCCCUUUUACAGUAUAAAACAGUAUAAUAUCCUAGAUAUAACCAGUCACAAUAUGACUGUUUAUUUAUUUAUCCUGACUGUGUGACUACAUUGCUGUAUGUAUGUAAAUUUUAACACACAUUUCGAAUCGUGUCAUCGUAAAUAUAUAUAUAUUGCCUUCAGAAAUGCUCCACGCUUAGAGGAGAAAGUGUGUGAGUGCAGAUCAUUUGGUUUCAUGUACCGCAAGAGACGCUGGUAAAAGCUUGGCUGUGAGGAAACUGAAGGUUUUUUAGAUCACAAGGAACAUUUGUCAUGCUGCGUUCACACAUACUGCGACAAAACAGACAGAGGACUAUUUAUUAUCGAAGAGAGCUGCUGACUUUUUGCGACAUGGGCAAUGUGGGCGUGUCCCGUGACACAACAGUUGAGAAAAGUGCAACCUUGUUUGCAGCGACGCCCAAAGCAAGUGAAGACGUUAGAGUCACGUGAUCCGUGACGUCCGUUCUUCAUCUCGUACGAUACAAUGCAUAUAUACACUGCUAAAUUUUAUACAUAAACAGUAAAUCUCCCUCCAGAAUUUUAAUUUUUACAGAAAGUGAUUGCUGGUUGCUCCGCCCACUUCUAAACAUUAUCACUAUGGCAACCUACUGACAUCUUUAUAGUACAGUGACUGAAGACUUGCAGCGAUAAAAUCACUGUAUGUGUGAACGUUGCGUUACUCUUUAAAUUAGGGAUACCGCUUUUUUCUUUUUUCAGUACUUUUCAAUAUCAGUACUAAAUACAUAGCUUACAUACAGCAGCAUUUAAGCAAUCAGGGCCUAACUGAACAUUUUUAGCUCUGUUUAUACAGGUUGCUUUGUGUAUUUUGCUAGAAAUUAGCUCCUUGCGCCGGGUUUUAAGUUCAAGAUGCUUCAGCUUUUAAACGUCGUCUCAUAUUAGAGUAUAAGGACAGUCGAGACCUGCAGGCGGCUCGAGUAUCAGCGAGUGUGGUGACAUAAAAUGGAUCAGGAAUUGCAGUCUCAGUGCUCACGGAAUUGAAGUGCUCUUUGUGAGCGCUUGCUUCACCGCUCCACUUUUACAAAUACCUUUGUUAAUCCAGCGCCCUCUGUUAAACAAUGAGCAGCGCUGUAUCAGACCGAUAGCAGUAUCUGUAUCGAUGUAUCCCUUCUUUAAACGAGUGUGUGUGUUAAGAUUACAGAUGAGCGCAUUUGAGCGUAAAGGUUUGGGUUAGAAAUGAAGACCGAGCCGUGAGCCAUGCGUUUGAAAUGAGCUGCAUCGUAUUGGCUUUGUGAAAUACAGCGAUUUGUCUUGGUUGUUUUGAGUCAUAGCUGUGAUGGUAGUGCCUUUAAAAAAAGGCAGAAUAGGACUUGUGAUACGAGUUCUGCAAUGCAUUCAACCAACAAAGCGGCCUCCAGGUCCCUUCGAGGACGCUCAGUGUUAGCGGGUCUGAGUGUUUCGUUGCUGCGCUGUGGAGCAGACGUGAGGCUCUGCUUUCAGGAAUGUAGUGUUUAGGGACACACUGGAGCCUGAAUGUGCCUUGGUGAGGUGAAGUGGGGUGUGUGUGUGUGUGUGUGUAUGUAUGUAUGUGGGGGGACAAAUAUAUAUAUAGAAAGCAAAAGGAAUGUAUCUGGUGUCAGUUUAUCUGAGUUCUCCGUUUUUUGUACCAAUUAAAAAACACAGUGGCUGUUGGAGCCCUCUUCGCUUUUCUUUCGUUUUCUAGUGGAAGUGUUUUGCUAACAGGUGUCUUUUUUCCUUCCUGACUGUAUUUUGUAAUCGACUUUCAACUGCAGUACUGUAGAACUUUUGUCCUUGUUGGGUUUUUAAUAUCUGGUUUCCAAAACAUGGACAGUUCAGUUGGAUUGUUAUGUCUACGUUUUGGGAACCCAAGAGCCUUUUAUUCCUAUACAAUGCUACAUCAGUGAGAUCAUUCAUUGUAGUCAGAAACACAAGCCUUACAGGAAAUGGUAUAGCCAUGCACACGUUAUAUUGUUCUAUGUAGAUUGACGCCAUUUGGAGGAAUUUUUUUCAACAAAUGGCAACCCCAUUAAAUCUAAAAAACUUACUUGUGGACCAUAAGUCGAUGCAUUUGUUUGAAUUAAACCAAAAAAGCACUUAUUUGGGAUAAAUUGUCCACAGGGGGUUAAUGAUAUUUAACGAUCUAUGAUGUAUUGCUGAAAUUGACCCCCCCUCCCCAAAAUGCUAACGGCGCAUGCAAACUGUAGGCUCGGUGCUCUGUAAUGAAUUAUGUCACUGCUCUUGUUAAUCAAUGACCAUGUUAACCUCAAGAACUCAAAGACUGUCGCACUGGAUUUUUACACUUUUUAAACCUAUACUCUGACUGUAUUUUUAAUACUGCAUGUGCAUGCUUAAAGAAAAGAAAAGAAAAAGAAGAAGACCGAAAUACGAUCUGAAUUUUUAAAUGUGUAUACUGUGUACUUUUGUCUCUAAAAUCCAGAGGGCAGGCAGGCUGCAGUGCAUUAUGGGAUAAUUGUAAGGAAUCCUGAACAAUGUGGCGAGAACGGAUUUUCAAUUCUCAGCCUGAUAUUUCUUGUGGCUUCUAGGUCAUAGUUUCAUAGUUUCAUCUAAUUGUGCGCCGGACUCUUGGACGCAGCGUGGAAAGUGAGUGCGCUGAAUUUAGGGUUAGAGAGCUCUGAUUGGCUGACGUACCACAUACUUCAUGUGCCACAUUCUGCAGGUCUGGGAAGAACGCCAGAAUUCCCUGAGAUAUUUUUUACGCCUGCUCUAUAUUUAGCAGGCGACACAAAUUGGGGGAUUUUAUGGCACAUGGAGGCAGAGGGGAAUGUGGCAAUAAACAAAUAGUCUGGCUGCCAUGAAAGCCUGCAGAUGCCACUGAUAAAAGAUGAGAGUGGAGAGAAAGUACAUCAGCGUUCUUCAAUCCUCUCGAUCAAACACAAGACCACACCAUCCACUUUAAUUGCAACUGCCUGCUCUUGCUCAGUAGCCAGUCCAAAGUGUGCUUUCUUUUUUAUAUUUCGUUCCUGCUGUCUCUUUUCGAGAAAGUAUAUGGACUCAGUGGACUGGAGAGGUUCAUAUAAAGUGCACACAGGGGUAUACUGAGUAUAUACGACAAACGCAGAUGAAUUAAGGAUGUUUUGUCAUUACUACAUGCCAGGUAAAGUGAAGGCAAUAGAAUUUUAAAGCCAUAGAAGAUGGACAACGAAUUAAAUACCGACUUCCCAAACCGUGAAUCUGUCAGUCGCAGAGUGGAUCUCAUCCCACAGAUAGGAUACAGUUACAUAAUCAUGCUUUGUUUAUGUCAUUUAUUGCUGAGGGUUUAUUAUUGGCAUCAUUGGACACCAUAUGUGUGGGUCAUUACUGCAAGAAAGAUUCUUUUAGCCUACAAUUCUCCAGCACUGUCAACUCGAUACAGUCGUUCAGUGGUUAGGAAAUUGAAGCUUAAAAUUGUAUUGCAGGUCUCACUCAGGGUCUGAUAAAUGCAGGCUGUCCAAUUCGGAGGAAAACCUCAUGAGAAAUUCACGCAUUGUUGUAUAAAUACAAUCCAAACACCCAUUGAACUUAACUAUUCUAUGAAAUAUUACAACACUAACUCAAAAAUCUUUCACAGUCGUUUAAUAUUUCAGAUGAUUUCACAUUUGGGUAACAGACCUGAUUUCCCGGCUGAAAGAAAUGAUUUGGAAGAAACUCUUCAAGACUUUUCAUUUCCAAUUUCUCGUAGUCUCUACGUCUAAUCUACACCUUUUCAUUUAUUUUUAUGGUUUUUAUUUUUUUUUAAAUAGUUUUUUUUUAUUCUUACCAAUUGUUUAUUAACAUUAAUUGGAUCUUUAUCACUAUCAUUAGUUUUUUUUUUAUUGCUUUUUAUUAUUAUUAUCUGAUUUUUUUAACUACCUUUUUUGAUGGUUGGAGCAUUUAUACUGUGAUACAACAGAAAAAGCCUAGACGCUUCCUCUCUCCUUUCUCUUGAUUCCUCUGAGCGUUUUCAGAGAUUGACACGUCCUUAAAGAUGGCAAGCUUUGAUCGACUCAAUCGCCAUGCCAUGGAGUGAAGGAUGUAGGAUCAAGAAAUGUAAAAAAAAAAUAAAUAAAUAAAUAUUAAAGCAGGAGUUUUCAAAAAAAUCUACCUGUAAAAUACCUUCCCCUAAAGCUCCCUCAGAUUUAUUUUCUGAAUAUACUGCAACUAGUCACAUAUUAGACUCCAUAUUGAACUGUGUACAAUAUUCUCCCUGUUUAUUGGAGCCAAAAAGAACAAUUUCAGAACUUUCCACUGACCAAACAAGAUCAAGUUAACAUUAUUUAUAAGCUGACUUGUUUCUAUAUUUUGAGGUUUGGAUUAAAGCCAUUUUAUUUAAAAUGACAAGUUAAAUAACUGUGAGAAAUCAAUAUCAGAUAUAAUAUAAUAGCUUUCAUAAUAAAAUCAUAUUAUGUAUAUUAUCCUGGACCCUAGGAUGUCCCCAGAUCCCAGUUUAGGAACUGCUGAAUUGGAGUUUUUGGGUUGCACCCUAUAAUUCCCCUCACUCUUAACAUGUUUUGGCAAUAUCUGACAAUUACACUAAGCUGAAAGAGUGCUAUAGGAUUUUUUUAUUUUUUUUAAAUGCUGCAUCGCCAGGCAAAGUUAACCACAGGAAUGCUUUAUCAACGUGCAGAGUCACAAUAGGACCUUUUAAAGCUUCAGAUUAGUCCACUGUGAACGCAUUUAAAGUCUAAAAGUCAAGCUCAACUCAAGCUGGCUAUUUUAAGCAAUGUCUGCCAUAUAAAGAGCCUUAGCUUUACCAUAGCUGUUCAAUUAUAGUACAUAUUAUGCAUUCUGGAAUAAUAAUAAUAAUAAUAAUGUCAUUUUUCUAGUUAAAUACUGUCAGGAAGUGAGAGCAGCUGGGGAAAUCUUGUUUCUCUUGAGAUCAGUGUGCCACAGUCUUCUAAUAACUCUUCAUAUGCAUACAUGUCAUAUGGGUUACAGGUCGACAUUCACGCGCAUGCUGCCGGGAUCCCUGAGGAAUCUUACAGAAAGCUCGUCUCAUUUCCUUGGAUGUAAUUUUCUCUCAACUCCGCCGUCUCUCAGCUUUCAUAACGAGCAGACGAGAGUGUGUAAGGUUCAGAGGUUUUUAAUUGAUGACAAUAAUUGCUACUAAAACUAGCAGCAACACAUGUUUACCGUAAACCAAAACGUUUCCUGCUGUGCUGUUUAUCUUAAUCCCGACAAAUUCCUCGCCGCACUAUGUAACUUUUCCCCCUUUCUAUCCUACGCAAUUAUGCAAUGUCGUGUUUUCAGCGCACACAGCCUCAUGGCUACACCUAAACCGAUAAUACUUAUUAAGUUCGUGUUAUUAUGCAACUCAAACCGCAGAGGUACGGUGGAUUAAGUGAUGAAAGAGUUGACAGUGUCAGAGAUGCUUAUUUCGUGAUCCGGGAUGAUUACGGUUACCGCAAUAUCUUUUGCAAAUGAAAGCACUUGCUAUUAUGUGUACAAUGUCUCAGUGUUUAUUGUGUUGCAGCGGUUCCCAAACUGAGCCGAGGAUCCCCCGGGCUUAUACAGGGCACAGACAAAUGACAGGGCUUAUACACCAUGAAGAGAAAUCAGUGUUGAAAUCUUUAAGACGAAAUUUAAAGAACGAUUUUCCAUCAUUGGUUUCUAAAACUAUCCUGUCCUGUAGUUGACCUCUAUUGUUAAUUCUCUUACUUCUUGUCUUUCUUUAGCUCUCUUAAAAAAAAAAAGGGGGUCCUUGGUGUUAAAUGUUUGGGAAGCCCUGUCUUAUUGCACCUUUUUUUUCCUCUCUUCUGGUCCUCUUAAAAGAGGACACUUACAGACUGUUAUCUUCUCACUCACGGGCUGUGCUGGGUAUUUUCUGUUUUUAUUUGAAGCCGUGUGUACAUAGAGACUGCCAUUGUAAAUUGUGCUACAGUGACAAUGUCCUGGUGCUCGUCAGUGCCGCUGUUGAUGUUUCCUUUGGUGUAAGUAUGACGUUUUCAGAGACGCUCUGAUUUAUUGGUCACAAAAUAAUAAAGAAAAAGACUUUUUUUGGCAGCUGUUUACUACA